AUUCCAAUCGAAAUUCCAAGAGAUUACACCGCAUCGGAUCUCGAUGAGGAACAUCGUGUCGCUUAUUGGAGAGAGGAUGUUGGAAUCAAUCUUCAUCACUGGCACUGGCACUUGGUAUAUCCGUUUGAAGGUGAUACCAGAAUCGUUAACAAGGAUCGACGUGGAGAACUGUUCUACUAUAUGCAUGAACAAAUUAUGGCGAGAUACAAUUGCGAACGCCUGUGCAAUCGUCUGGGACGAGUGAAGCGAUUCAUUAAUUGGCGCGAGCCGAUACCGGAAGCUUAUUUCCCGAAACUGGACUCCCUGGUUGCCAGUCGUACGUGGCCAGCUCGUACAAGCGGCUCUGUCCUUCACGACAUCAGUCGACAAGUUGACGAGCUGGACUUCGACAUUCAAGAUCUGGAGAGAUGGCGGGAUCGAAUUUACGAAGCGAUCCACACGGGCACUGUGAUGAACGCGAACGGCCAAAGAAUCCCGUUGACCGAGCGUGACGGUAUCGACGUGCUUGGAAAUAUUCUGGAGGCUAGCAUCCUGUCUCCCAAUCAGAACGUCUAUGGCGAUCUACAUAAUAUGGGUCACGUUGCCAUUUCUUACAUUCACGACCCAGAUCAUCGGUAUUUGGAGAGUUUCGGCGUUAUGGGUGAUUCGGCGACCGCCAUGAGGGACCCGAUCUUUUACAGAUGGCACGCGUUCGUCGACGACAUUUUCCAGGAACAUAAGAACACGCUGCCUCAAUAUACCGUGCAACAGUUGGACUUUCCAGGUGUCGAGAUAGCGGACAUCAAAGUGACGACUAAUAAUCAACAGAAUGUGCUAAACACAUUUUGGAGCAAGAGCGACGUAGAUUUGUCACGUGGGCUCGACUUCACUCCGCGUGGCGCGGUGCUCGCCAGAUUCACUCACUUGAAUCACGCUGAAUUCACGUACACGAUCCUCGUUAAUAAUCGCAACAACACGCCGCAAAGGGGCACCGUUCGUAUUUUUAUGGGGCCGAGAGAGGACGAACGCGGUCUGCCGUUCCCCAUCAGACAACAGAAGAAUUUAAUGAUCGAAAUGGACAAAUUCACCGUCAUGCUUCGUCCGGGGCAAAAUAAAAUCGAACGGAGAUCAACGGAGUCUUCAGUGACGAUACCGUUUGAAAGAACGUUCCGUAAUUUAGACGAGAGCAGACCGACAGCGGACAGCAAUUUGCAGCAGUUCAACUUCUGUGGAUGCGGAUGGCCACAGCACAUGCUCAUACCGAAAGGGAGCAAGGAAGGCUUCCCCAUGCAUCUUUUCAUCAUGGUGUCCGAUUAUCGUGCUGACGCUGUCGAACAGGCGGAGCCAACUGGUUGCAAGGAUGCUGCGAGUUACUGCGGAUUGAGAGACAGAAGGUAUCCGGAUGCACGUUCCAUGGGAUAUCCAUUCGAUCGUCAGCCUCGCGCGGGUGUUGAAAAUUUAGCUCAAUUCCUCACCGGAAACAUGGCGGUAACUGAAAUUACAGUUCAGUUUUCCGACACGGUUGUACCUAAAUCUAGAUCUGGCAUCGGCAACUCGUUAACUUUUAUGUGA